AUGACUUUACUCAUCAUUCAGGUCAUGGCUAGUAUCACUGUCUUAUUCAUAUCGUGGGAGAUGUACUGUGAUAAACCACUACGAUGGUUUGUGACCGUCUACAUUGUUCGAUUGGUUCUCACCGCACCCAUUGUCAUCUAUACCCAUUUAAUCCCUCCACGUCGCAGGUCGACCGUGAUGAUAUCGCCACGUACCAGUGCCAGGUCAGAUUUGGCAGAGGCCUAUGCCAUGAGUGAACGCAACCGUCCAUUAUCGGUACCUCCUCCCGCCUUACCCACCCCUACAAAUCAUCGUCAUUAUCAACAACAACAACAACAACAGCAACAGUAUCCGGCAUUGAUGACCCCCGUUCAGCAACCUCCAAUACCCGCUUUACAUGAUGACCCCUUUGAUGAAAAUGUCUUGCGACAAUGGAUUGAUAGGUUUAGCGAAAUCUGGCUUGGAUUUAUUUGCUGUAUUAUGGUUUAUCAUUGGAAACUACAUGCUCUUUUCUUCUUCUACUUGUUCGGAUACGGCAGUCCCGCUUUAUUAUCUCUCACUGGAUUUGUGAUGCUGGAGGACGAUUGUCAUAUCACAAUGGACCAUGUCAAAGGAGAGGGACGACCACGAAGGUCAGGGAUGUUGGAUAAACUAUGGUUGUAUUUGGGUCUGAUGGAACCCCCUUGUGAAAGUGAACCGGUAUACGAGAUGAUGGAAAUUCUGGAUGUUCAGGAUCAGGUGUGCGUCAUUUGUCUUUCAACGUACGAAAAUGGAGAUAUGCUCUCACGACUGUGGUGCAAACAUCAUUUUCACAGAGCUUGUAUUAAGGAAUGGUUAAUAUUAAACCGUAGAUGUCCCUUAUGCAAACAAGACUUUGGGGGAAAAGAUGUCUUGUUUGACAUUUAG